AUUAUACUUCAGAAUCACAGCAAUUUAGAGUUCAGUUGAGGAAAACCAGAUUUUUAAAUCCUCAAAAUGAUAAUCGCAAAUUUGAGAGUCUUGAAGGGGAAUAUUUGCUUAGUGAACAAUUAAAAAAGUUUGGCAAUUUGGUAUGUGAAAGGCGAAUAGUAUUUAUUAAGAAAACCUUUGAAAAUAACAAGCCAAGCUUACUACGGCCAAUACCUGUUACUGAACAAGAAGAAGAGGCAGCUAUGAGUAAAGAAAAGAUAUCAAAAGCAGAACUUUUAACAACUAUAAAUUCAUUACUAGCUUCUAUUAAUAUUUCAGAUCGCUCCAAGUAUCAUGGUUUACGGCAGAAAAAUUGUAAUCAAUUGCGAGAGAUCUUACAAAGUAUUAGAGACCUGCAAGAUAAUUAG